AUGGCGAGCGCAGGCCAGCGGUGCGCCGGCUGCUACGGCGGCAUCGGACGCUCGGAGGCCGCCUUCUCGUCGGAGUGCGCCCACACUUUCCACCCGCUAUGCGUCUCCGGCGCCCACUCGUGUCCGUCCUGUUCCGCGUUCUGGAGCUUCACGCCGACCUUCCAGCUGUCUCCCUUGCACCCGCAGCCUGCCCGGAUGCCGACCGUGCACCACGGCGCUGCUACGUCGAGGUUAGCGUGCGGCGUAUGCAAGCGCGCCUUUGGAUACGGCACCCCCACCUUCACGUCCGAGUGUCAGCACAGGUUCCAUCUCGCCUGCGUCACCGGCUCCGUCUGCCCGGUCUGCAACGCCCGCUGGCCAUACCAGGUGUCCUCGUACCCUUACUUACACCCGUACCAGUUCCCGCCGCCGCCGCCGAUGUGGACGUCUCCCUUCGUGGACCAGCCAUCGCCAGCCGUGUACGACGACGACGAGCCGUUGGAGCCUCUGGCGACGCCGCUCGACGACUGGGAUCUCGUCCAGGACGCGGCCAACGGCGGAGGCAGGCUCGUCCUCGACGCGCACUGCGAGCACCCAGCCGUCGCGAGGGGGGAGCCGCACGACAGCUUCGUGGUGCUGGUCCACGCCAAGGCCCCUGGCGCAGCUACCGCGGCGGCGGCGGAGCAAGCGCGCACGCCGCUUGACCUCGUCACCGUGCUGGACGUCAGCGGCAGCAUGACUGGCCUCAAGAUCGCGCUGCUCAAGAAGGCCAUGGAGUUCGUCGUCGACCAGCUCGGCCCUGCUGACCGUCUCAGCGUCGUCGCCUUCUCAACGGACGCGCGUCGGGUCAUCCCGCUCACGCGCAUGUCGGACGUCGGGAAGGUCAAGGCCAAGGACGCCGUGCAGUUGCUCAUGGCUGACGGUGGAACAAACAUCCUCAAGGGCCUCACCGAAGCUGCCAAGGUGCUCGACGGUCGCCGGCACAAGAACGCCGUCGCCAGCGUCAUCCUUCUCUCGGACGGCCAGGACACGUACAACCUGGGAGGAGGAGGUUACGGCUACGGCUCGGUCUCCUACUCGAAGAACUACCGUGCUCUCGUGCCAGGCUCCUUGCUGAGUAGCGCCGGCCACCGAUCGACACCGAUACACACGUUUGGCUUUGGCGGCGACCACGACUCGUCAGCCAUGCACACUAUCGCGGAGGAGACAGGUGGCACUUUCUCUUUCAUCGAGGACGAGACGGUGGUGCAGGACUCGUUCGCGCAGUGCAUCGGCGGGCUCCUCUCCGUCGUCGUGCAGGAGGCGCUCAUCACCGUCAAGUGCGUGCACCCGGUGCGCGUCCGGGCAGUCAAGUCCGGCCGCUACGACAGCAGCAUCGACGCGUACGCGCGCUCCGCCUCUGUAGACGUCGGCGAGCUCUACGCGGACGAGGAGAGGCGCUUCCUGCUGCUGGUGGAUGUGCCCAAGGCCGGCGACGCUGACGAAGUCACGCAGCUCAUGAAGGUGACCUGCACCUACCGCGACACGGCGACAGGACAGGUGGUGGACGUGGCCGGCGAGGACGUGGAAGUGCAGAGGCCGGUGGAGCUAGCCAAGGACCAGCAGCCCUCCAUGGAGGUCGCGCGGGAGAAGUUCCGCGUGGAGGCGACGGAGGACAUCGCGGCGGCGCGGGCCGCCGCGGAGCGCGGCGAGUACACGGAGGCCGCGAGGAUACUGGACCGCAGGCAGGAGGCGCUGCUGCCGGCGCUGGCCGACGACGCGAGGUGCAAGGCGCUGGUGGAGGAGCUGCGCGAGCUGAGCACCCGCGUGGCGAGCCGGCGGGAGUAUGAGAAGUCGGGGCGCGCGUGCAUCCUGACAGGUUACAGCUCCCACGCGCAGCAGCGCGCCGCGUCGGCCUGCGUGGCCGGUGCCGGAGGAGGAUACCGUUGCCCACCGCCGCCCGGGGGGGCUGGGGGCAUGGGCAUGGGCGGGGCGGCGUCGGUUUUUGGUUUCGGUGCGGCGGGGGCGUAUGCGACGCCGGCGAUGCAGAUGAUGGUGGGCGCGUCGAGGCAAGUACGUGAGCAGCAGCAGCAGCAGCCAUCGACGUUGAAGAGGAAGAGCGGAAGCGACGGCGGCAACUAA